CGUUUCUUUAUUUCAGUGUGUGUGUGUUUGUACGUUCGUGUGUCUUGUAAACAACAAUGAAGAAGAAAUGAAGACUAGACGAGUUUUUAAAUAUAAUUAGAAAAAAAAGAUUUUCUACAAUAACCCGUCCUUUAUUCCUUUCCCCGACCUUCACGCUUCCUCUCUCUCUCUCUCUCUCUCUCUCUCUCUCUCUCUCUCUCUCUCUCUCUCUCUCUCUCUCUCUCCCGAAUCAUAUUUUCACCCUCUAUCUUUUUUUUUUUUUCUCUCCGGUACGUGAAUCUUUCCUCCACUUUAUUUCUCCAGGGUAGAUCUUUCCUCCACCCCUCCCUUCCCUCCAUCACUCCCACCUUUCCUCCAAACACUUUUUCUGAGCCAAACCACUUCAAACAUUCUUAAAACACCCAAAUAAAACGUAAAAUAUAAAAAAAACACCCUAAAAUCAUCAAAACACCCUAAAAUUAUCAAAAACACCCUAAAAUUAUCAAACACCCUAAAAUAUAUAUAUAAAAAAAAACCCUAGGAAUAAAAGACCCAAAAAAUACCCUAAGCCCUUAAUUCUCCCUUAUCUAACCCUUCAGGCACUAAUCUUCCCUUUAUUUUGUUAUCUUCCCUUUCUCUUCCUCUUCCUCUUCCUCUUCUUUCACUUUUCUCCCUAAACCAUAUAUAUUUUUUUUAAACAUUCUUUAAACACUCGAACUUAAAAAAAAAAAAAAAAUUUCCUAAUCUACGCUACCGGACAUUUAAAUUUUAUCUGAAACCGUAUCUUCCUUCUCUCCUGUUCUUCCUCUUCCUCUUCGUCCUUUUCCAAACACAUUUUCUCCUUUAUUUAUUUAUUUAUUUAUUUAUUUUGUUUAUUUUUUAUUUCUCUGUCUAACCCAAAACGCCUUCACAUCCUACAACUCAACCUUUCCUUCUCCUCUUCGUUCUUCUCUAAACUAAUUUUUAAAACACCUUCAAAACACAUUUAUCCUAUUCCCACCCUUCCAAACACUCACAUCAACUCGAAAACCUAACCUCCCCUCCGCCUCCUCUUCCUCCUCCUCCUCUUCCUCCUCAAAACACAUUUCUUAUCCUCACCAACACUUUAUUUUUCAUUGAUCUUAUUUUUUUCCUAUAACUAAACCUUCCUACUCUUUUGCAACUCUUCUUCCUCCUCCUCCUCUUCCUCCUCAAAACACAUUUCUUAUCCUCACCAACACUUUAUUUUUCAUUGAUCUUAUUUUUUUCCUAUAACUAAACCUUCCUACUCUUUUGCAACUCUUCUUCCUCCUCCUCCUCCUCCUGCUGCUCCUCGUCUUUCACUUCCUCCUUUUCCUCCUUUAUACACAUUUCUUUCGUUAAUUUCCCUCAAAACAACCACAAAACACUCUUAUCUUCCCUAUAUGUAAAUCUUCCUACCCUCUUUCAACUCCACGUCUUCUUCCUCCGCCUCUUCCUCCUCCUCUUCAACACAUUUCUCUCGUUGAUUCCCUAAAAAAUAUCCCCAAAAUCUUCCCAUCUUCCCUAACACGAAACCUUAUCCUCCCACUCCACCACCACCACCACCACCAUGAGCCAGGCGGUGGAGAGCAGGCGCGAGGUGACCUUGAGUAGCGGCAACAUGGAGACCACAAGCAACGCGCUCUCUCCGUUCUACAUUCCCCCGCACCGCAAAACCUCCGCCCAGAUCAUCAGAGAGGCGCGGGCGUCCCUGGGCGUGGGGGGCAGUCCCUCCACGCCCAUCCUGACAGGCGUGGGCGUGCCUAGAGUGGGCGUGAGGACCGUGCAGACGAAAAGACCGUUCACGCCACGAGAGAGGGAGAGAACGCUGUUUGGCGGGAGGACGUCAGCGGAGGCGGGAAGAGAUGCAAGGCCUCCCAGCUCCUUCACGCUGUCGCCGCUGCAUUUCGACUCGAGUGACAGCAACGGCAGCAGCAACGGAAGGCAGAUAAGCACGGCUGCUGGCCCCCGCUUACUGCUACCCCUGGCCUCUGCUAAACUAAGCAAGGAUGGCUGCGAUAAGGCCAAACUCCCGUCCCUCAUCUCCACAUCCAGGCUUGUCCACAGGCACCAGUUCCGCGCCCUCUCCCUCUGUGACUUACCAGAGGAGGAGACCGAGGAGGGGGGAGAAGAAGGCGUCCCCCGUACCCCCCACCGAGGUAAUGUCCCCUCUCUACCCAGGAGCUCCACCUUCAACGCUCUCCUCAGCCUACAGCAAAAACUUGGGGAGGAGGAGGGGAGAAGAGAAGAUGACAGCACCACCACCACCACCACCACCACCUCUAAUUUAGACAGCUCGAAAGACGAACAAGAGAGCAAUUCGGUCACAGGCAGGGUCACAGAUAAGGUCACAGACUCCCCUCUAUUCCUGCAACUCCUCAACAAGUCUGACCUCGAGUUAAGGGACGUGGAGACACACACACAGACGCACACAGCCAAGCACACUGUAGGGGUACAUGAGCAAGGCGUGGCCCUGCCCAGUGUGCACGAGGCGACCGCUAGCCUGAAUAAGACGCAGGGUGUGAGGGCAGGGGGAGGUGGAGGGCACGUGGGGGCCCGAGGAGGACUGGUGGGCACCCGUUUCCUGGGGACUGAGAGGAAGAAGAGCUUAAGCAAGAGGCCUGGAGUGGAUAGAGACUGGCGGCAUGCAGUGGAGGCCAGGACUGGAAGCAAGGAUGAAGAAGAACUCCCCUUCUCCCCUUCUCCCACAGAGGCUGAGGGAUGCAGGGAGGACACGGAAGAGCCAGGACAACCCACAGCUGCCCCCAGGGAGGUUGCAGUGGACCAGACUGUGUAUUAUGAAGAGAAGGUGGGGCCGGUGCUGGACGAGAUUAACAGGGCAGUCAGCUGUGCCGUGGGGGAGGAGGUGCUGGGGGAGCUGGUGGGGAAGCUGUAUGGGUGUCUUGAGGCUGGCGGACUGCUGGGGAGACACUUUCGCUACAGGUCACAAGUUCUUCGAGCCGUCUUUCGCUUGGUUGAUCGCGAAUAUGGGCCCCUCCUGGCUGCCAUUGCAAGGGUGAUGCUGGCGCUCAAGGUAUCUGGCAGCAACCUCACUUCAGUCUGCAAAUUGGUGUUUAAGGUGACAAGACACGACGUCAAUGAUUCUCUAUUUCUUGAGGGGAACCUGCUGGACCUGCUGCUGGAGGCUGUGGCGUGCGUCCCACCCCUGGACCAACCUGAGGCCUGUGUGUAUGGCUAUGGGGCACUCAAAUUUCUUACCAUGAAUUCACAGCUUGUCUCUCGGCUUCUCAACAGAGGCAUUCUAGAGCUUCUGGUGUUGCAUAUGAAGCUUAUUGUUAAUCAUCAGCAGGAGGUAGGGAGCGUACCAGAACAGACCCACUACGCCCUGGUGCAGCUGACGGGGACCCUGCGGCACGUCAGCAGCUGCGAGAGGACCUUCCCCUUGCUGCUGGUGACUGGUGCUGUUCCUCAGGUGUGCUCCCUCCUGCAUCACUUCUCCCAUGAUCAGGAUGUGACCGCCAAUGUUGUCAGGAUAUUGAGCAUCAUCUCCACACAUGAGGAAUGCUGUGCGGUGGCAGCCACACACCCUGCCACACUGCCUGCAGCUGUGGCAGCUCUGCGCCGCCACGCUGCGUCGCCGGCCAUUGUGGUGCGGCUGGCCUACGCACUGGGCAACAUGAUGGCCAACUCGGACGAGGCUCGCUGGAAAGUGGGUUUGUUCAGCGUCGAUGGGUUUACGGAAACACUGCUUGAGCUGCUGACUGAGUACCUCCAACGGGACCGCCACCACCAGGCUGACGAGAUGAUAGACCCCCUCACACCAGCCAGCGGGACCCCAGAGGACGUCAUGGUGAAGCUGAUCCGCGUCCUGGCCAACGUGUCCGUACAUUCGCGCGUCGGCCCCGUCCUGGCCCGCUCACGCACCUGCCUGUCACUGCUGGUGUCGGCUCUUCAGCACAAGGGUGUGGAUGAGAGUGAGGAGCUGGUGUUGUCCACGCUUGCCACCCUCAACAACCUCACCUUCUACACCCGCGACCAGCCCAUCUCCACUCUGCACACUGAUUUGGCUGAGUGCCUGUGUGAGAUGCUGCCGAUGGAUCACGUGGAGGGCCUAGUGGAAACCAUCCGAGUGUUUGGCAACCUCACACACUUCAAGGACAUCCGAGACAUCCUAACAAAGCGCGCAGUGCUGGAGGUGCUGGUGGAAAUGCUAGACUGUGAUUCACGGGAGCUGGUGUACGUGUGUGCUGGCGUGCUGGUCAACCUCAUGUCAGACGCCUCCAGGAGAACCAUAUUUCAGAUGGAGAAGGGCGUGCUCAGAAUGAUUGACGUGUUGCAGUAUUUCGGUUACGGUGAUUGGCAGCUGUGCAAUCUGGUGUGUCAGGUGCUGUGGAACUUCUGUGCCUCUGCUGCGGACGUGCAGGAGGUGCUGGGACCAAAGGAGACAGAGAAGCUGAUCUAUGUCCUGGAGGAAUUCUUGGAUGACGACUCCUAUUUCAACAACCCUGAGGUGUUUGGUGAGUGCGACCCAGACACGAAGGAGGUUGUAUAUCAGUUGUGGGAGGAUUUUGCCUUUGUGGCCACCAAGCUCCUGGACCGCAUUGAGGAAAACACCGCCCUCCCUGUUGUGCCUGUCUAGGGUGAGAGAGAGAGAGAGAGAGAGAGAGAGAGAGAGAGAGAGAGAGAGAUGUACUGGUAUUAGUCUAUGUAAUGUUUUAGAGAGAGAAAGAUGAGAGAAAUUUUAAGUAGAUAUAUUUUAGUGAGAGAGAGAGAGAGAGAGAGAGAGAGAGAGAGAGAGAGAGAGAAUAUGAAUGAGAAGCAAGCAAGAGCACAAUAAAUGGAAACAAUAGUAUAAUGAUAAUAAUAAUAAUAAUAAUAAUAAUAGUAAUAAUAGUAAUAAUAAUAAUAAUAGUCAUAAAAAUAAUAGUAAUGGUAAUCAAAAUAACACCAGUAGUAAUAGUAAUAACUAGUUCCGUCCAAUACUUACCUGGCAUAGACUAGCUCACCUGUGGCACCUCCUAGUAGUCUCACCUGUCACCUGUCUGUCUGUCUGUAUGUCUGUCUUAGCAUGUCUAUCUUUUUUUAUUCUGUCUUUUUCUGCCCAUCUGUCUGUCUUAUUGUCUGUCUGUCUAACCAUCUUUCUGUGUGUCUGUAUAUCUUUUUCUGUGUCUGUCUGUCUAAGGAUCUUUGUUUUGUCAGUCUGUCAUUUUCUGUCUAUUUCUGUCCAUGUCUCUGUCUCUCUAUGUGUUUAUCUUUUUUCUGUCUUUUUUGGGUGUAUUAAUCUGUUUAUCUGUCUAUCUGUGUUUAUGGAUAUCUUUCUGUCUGUCUGUCUAUCUAUCCAAGCAUGUUUAUCUGUCUAUAUCAAUGUGUAUCUGUUUCUUUCUGUCCUUUUUUUGGUGUUUAUCUUUAUCUAUCUAUUUAUGUAUCUUUCUUAUUGAUGUAUCUCAAUCUAUUUACUUAUUUAUCUAUCUAUGUUUAUCUCUAUUUAUAUAUAUUUCUAUUAUCUAUUUAUACCUAUCCAUCUAGCAGUCCCACCUCUCUCACUGACCUCACUGUAAUGACACACACACACACACACACACACACACAGCUAAGUACAGCAUCACCUUCUGUGCUCCCAUUCCUCAGUAGUAUGUAGAGAUUAACCUUUCCUCACUUCCCAGCCUCUCUCGGCCCUAACACUGUAAGCCUCAACUCUAUUCUGGUAAUAAAAAGUGAACUAAC